CUGCCCUGGAGAGGAGAGAAGGAGGCAGGAGGCUCCACCAAAGGCCAGCAGGGCACCCCCCAAGAUGGUCCCCCUCUUCUGGCUCCGCACCUGCCUCCUGGCCACCCUCGCAGCUCAGGACGCCUGUUGCGCCGGAGGGGAGGCCUCGCACAGCCGUCCGGUGUGGCACCUGCAGCCGCGGGCAAAGACGGCCAUGCGGAGGGUGAAGAGGGCCUGGGUCAUCCCACCCAUCAGCGUGCCAGAGAACCACAGGCGGGUCCCCCACCUCCUGGUCCAGAUUAAGUCAGACAAGCAGCAGCCGGGCGUUGUGGUCUACAGCAUUAAGGGCCCCGGCGUUGACGAAGAUCCCAAGGAUAUCUUCUCCAUCGAUAAUCGGAGUGGCAAGGUCUACCUCAACACCAUGCUGGAUCGGGAAAAACAUGAUCGCUUUCGGCUCAAGGCUUUUGCCCUGGAUCUGGGUGGAGUGCCUCUUGAAGAUCCCACGGACUUGGAGAUUGUCGUCCUGGAUCAGAAUGACAACCGGCCGCUCUUCCAGCAGGAUGUGUUCACGGGGCACGUGGUGGAAGGGGCCGAGCCAGGGACAUUGGUGUUGAAGGCUGAAGCCACAGACGCUGAUGACCCUGAGACAGACAACGCGGCCCUGCGCUACUCCAUCGUGGGCCCAGGAGCGGGAGAGCUGUUCACAAUUAAUGAGCUUUCCGGGGAAAUUCAAACUGCUCAAGUUCGGCUUGACCGGGAGGUGACAGGCAUUUACAACUUGACGCUCCAAGUGGCUGACAUGUCUGGAGAAGGCCUGACCACCACAGCUACAGCAGUCAUCUAUGUGGAGGACAUCAAUGAUAACCCUUCUGAAUUCACGACGGAUGAGUUCCACAUGGAGGCCCCUGAGAACAGGCAGGACAUGGAGGUUGGGCGGGUGAUGGUCCAGGACAAAGACCAGCCUGGGUCCCCCAAUUGGCUGGCCAAGUUCACCAUCCUGGAGGGUGACCCCAGAGGAGCUUUUGCCAUCCACACUGACCCCCUGACCAAUGAGGGGGUCAUCUCUUUGGUGAAGGCCUUGGACUAUGAGGAGCAGAGCCGGCAUGAGCUGCUGAUCUCUGUGCAGAACCAAAGCCCACUGGACUCAUCAGCCCCCAGAGUGGCCCACGCCUUGGCUAAGGUGCAGCUGCGGGUGAAGGAUGCCAACGAGCCUCCCUUCUUCCAGGACAAUCCCUGCAGGGGGAGUGUGAACGAAGGAGCGCCUGCUGGAACAGAGAUCGCCCUCUUCCGUGCCAGGGACCCCGACACCCAAAAAGCCCAGGAGCUCAAGUACUUGCCAGCCUCUGACCUGGCCGACUGGCUGCGGGUGGGCCCUGAAUCGGGCCUGGUGGAAGCCCACCAGAAAGUGCCCCCCCGUGCAACCUUCCCAGGGGGCUGGUACAUCACACAGAUCCUGGCUGUGGAUAACGGGACCCCUCCCCUCACCGCAACUGGGACCCUCUCCAUUGAGGUGCUGGAGGUCAAUGACCACGCGCCCUUCCUGUUCCCGACCACGGCAGAGCUGUGCAGGGAAGGGGGCGGCUUGGUCCUGAGUGCCGCUGAUGAGGACUUGGCACCCCACGCAGCACCGUUCCACUUCCAUUUCGGCCCCAGCAGUGUGCACAACUGGACUCUCAGCCACCCCAACGACACGCACGUGCUGCUGUGGCCUCCCGUGGACGUGGCCAAGGGCCUCCAUGUCCUGCCGCUGCUCAUCAGUGACUCUGGGAUCCCGCCGCGGGUGCGAACGCAGCUGCUGAACGUCUCUGUCUGCGCCUGCGAUCAGUGGGGCACCUGCGGGGCUCACGCAGCUGCCACUGCGGCGGUGGUGGCAGGUCUCAGUUUGGGCGCCUUGAUGACCAUCCUCUGCAGUGCCACCCUACUCCUGCUGCUGGUGCUGCUGGUGGCCGGGCUGGAGCGCUCUCGCCGGCAGGCUCUCCGCAAGGGGCUCCUGGGGGACUCGCAGGACGACCUGAGGAACAAUGUCCUCAACUACGACGAACAGGGGGGCGGAGAAGAGGAUCAGGACGCCUACGAUCUGUCCCAACUGCGCGACCCAGACCUAUUUGGCCCCCCGGCCCCCCGGGGCAAGCCCCUUCGACGGAGGGACACCCCCUACAGCUACGCCUUGCCCCAGCACCCCCAGCGCGUGGCUACCUGCCCUGCUGACAUCGAGGACUUCAUCAACGAGGGCCUGCAGGCGGCGGACAGCGACCCCGGAGUUCCUCCCUAUGACACGGCGCUCAUCUAUGACUAUGAAGGGGACCGUUCAGUUAGCGGGUCGCUGAGCUCCAUCCUGUCCAGCUUGGCGGACGAAGACCAGGAUUAUGACUACCUCAGUGACUGGGGGCCGCGAUUCCGGCGCCUGGCCGAGCUGUAUGGCCAGUAGGGGGCAGCGGCGGGGGAGCAGCAGGGCCGGACUCGAACCCAAAGGCCACGGCGCCUCUCUGAGCCCUUUGGCUGAGAUUCUGCCGGCGUUCCCUGGCUCCCCUGACAGCUGCCGGA